UGAUGAGCCGGUGUCAACAGCUGCAAAAGUGGCAACAGAGUGUCGGAGCGGCGCUGCCUUUGUGAGUGCGUUUGCGUCCAAUUCAUGAGUUUUGUCGCUGAAAGCCAAGACUCAGGCAGCGUGAAGAAAUGAUGGAGGUGGGUUUCAGAACGUGCCGGGACAAUGAGUGUUGCUGGGGCAGCCGAACGGAACAAGGGGACAUUGAGGCAGUUGAAGCACUUGUGUCAAUGAGCUGCAGCUGGAAGUCAGACCCCAGAAGGUACACCGAGCUGAGACCGCUGACACCAGCCUCCGAUGUAUCUGAGGAAUCCGAGGAUAGUUUACCGUCCAAUUCUAAGGAUUUCCACACUUUUCCCCUAUUUUGUUUAACCCCACCGUAUAGUCCUCCUACUUUUGAGGCAUCUCAAAUGGCUCAUCCUAUAAUGCCAGUUCCUUCCACUCUACCUAAAGUGGGAGUUCCUUUACCCAGGCAAACCAGCAGGGUUACGGCAACAUCGAUGUCAGUGUCCACCAAUGCAACGUAUGUAAGGAGUCCAAAUCCAACCAACGUAGCCACAAGACAGCGGUCCCAGGCCACAAGUGUGAUUCGUCACACUGCUGACGUAUUAUCCUGUUUGGAUGGAUCUUGUCCGAUUAGGAUGGCCCAGGAAUCUGCUGGUCAGCAAACAGCACACAGGAUGGAUCCUGAGGGUGGAAGUGAAGAGAAAGCAUUGAGAAGUAAUGGCAGUAAAAAGGGAAACUGUGUAUCACAGGAACUGAGUUCUUCUAUCAAACUAGUAAAUGAAACCAAUAAAGGACCAAAAGAAGAUAAAAAACAAAACCAAAGCUUGGGUCCAACCACGAAUUCCACAGUCAUUACAGAACAAGCUCUUCUUUCAAGGACCCAUCCUCCUGUCAACACUCAGAUUCGGCAAAAUUCGGUGCUGCUCUCACCUCCAGCCUCUUCCAGUGUCCCUCCAUUGCCCAUCAUCUGCCAAGUGCUACCGGUCGCUGCAAGCAGCCCCGUUAUGACUGCUGUAAUCCCCAACACUCCUGGCAAACACCCAGCCAUGAGCCCUCCUCCUCUUGUCUUCAUGGGAACUCCGGUUUCAAAGGGCGCUCUGAUGUUUGUCGUGCCACAGCCUGCAGUCAAGCACACAAAGCCGCAGGUCACCAGCCUCAAUGGCACCAGACUGUCUCCCAUUGCUCCUGCCCCAGGGAUCCUGCCACCUGUCCAGAAGAUAGAAGCCCAGAUUGAUGUAUCUCGACACCGCAGCCACAUCUGUCAUCACCCAGGCUGUGGGAAAACCUACUUCAAAAGCUCUCAUCUGAAGGCCCACAUGAGGACUCACACAGGUGAGAAACCCUUCAGCUGCAAUUGGGAAGAUUGCGACAGGAAAUUUGCACGUUCAGACGAGCUCUCCCGACAUCGCAGGACACACACGGGAGAAAAGAAAUUCGUGUGUCCUGUGUGCGAGCGGCGGUUCAUGCGGAGCGACCACUUGACCAAGCACGCUCGGCGACACCUCUCUGCUAAGAAGCUUCCCAACUGGCAGAUGGAAGUGAGCAAGCUGAACGACGUCAUCUCUCCAGUACCUGCUCCCUAAUCCUUGUGGGCUCGGCAGUCACAUUCACAUCAACCAGUGCAAACGCCACCUGAUGGAAACUGUAGUCAGUUCUGCUAGAAAUGAUGGAACUGAGUGAAUGCAAGUUUUUAUGUAUUAUGUAUGUAUCUUGUAAAUGUUUAUGCAUAAACGUAAGCAGAACAUAGCAUGCUGAACUGAGAGAUUACAGAAAUACAUGAAAUUUGUAUGGCGGGAAUGUUUCACCUUCUGGAAAAUGAUCGGUUAAAUGCAGUUCUUAUGUGCACCGUGCAAGCUUUGGGAAGGCGGUGAGUAAGGUGACUUUUAACUGUGAGAAUAGUGAAUUAGUUGUUCACUACCUCUCACCACAUCCAUCAGUGCAGAAGCUGCAGACUGCUGGUGAGCAUAUUGCUAGCACCAAAGCCUAUCUGAAGUGCUUGUGAGCAGUAUCUGCUGGUGGCUAUACACCAGUGUGCAACUCCUCAGCAGUGAAAGGAGGGAAGGAGAAGCGAAGAAUCAGGAUCAUGCCCAUUCAUAUUCAGUGAAUGGAAAGGGUAAUAGGGGAAACUGUGGAGUAUCUGGGACCCUGUCUGAGAGAAGCUGAGACCAGCAAGGAAGGACACUCUUAAUACCACAUACUUACUUUUGCCAUGAUGUUGAGGACAUUGGGGUAGAAAUUUCCAAUUGUGCGAUAGGUGGGAUUGAAUUAACCAUCAUUUAUAAGCACAACCAAAUAAUCUGGAGCUGAAUGUUGGGCAUUGCCAACAACAGGCAACUGAAGCAGAUCACAACGCCUGUACCAAAUUUCUGCACCAGUACUUAUCUUUGCUUUAUGAAGUUACGGCCAGAGGGCAUGAAGACAAUUGUUUGUCCAAUUGCUCAUUUAAAAAUUGACAUGGGCAAAUACUCAAGCUAGCUAUUUUUGUGAUUACAUUUUUAUGGGAGUGCUGGAUUUGCUAAUAUAGCAAGUUAAGUUUUGGGACAAAAUUUGCUGUCCUUUUUCUCAGCAAAGAUGGAAAUUUGUCAUAUCUUGCACGUAUAUGGGGAUAUGACUAAUGCUAGACUUAAGUUUAUACAUAUUGCUGUAUACAUUUAUAUGUUUUGUAAUUCCUUGUGUUACUACUUAUUUAUUUCAUACUGUUACCACAAACUCUUGUUUAAUAAUCGACUUGGUUACUGAACUUUUUUUUCCUUGGUUUCUUGGUGUACAGUGUAUUGCUUCCUCUAAAGGAAUGGUUCUUCUCUUUGGCAAACAAAUAGCAUGUGUUUAUUUUGCUUUGAGGGUUUCCUGUAUUUGACAUUUUGGAGUUCAGUCUUAUCUCUCUGUGCCUCUUCUGCGAGGACAGUCUUUUUGUUGCAUUAAUUGUUAGAAAAUGCCAGACUUUAUCUGUUACUUGGUCUAGGAGUAUUUACUUAAUAGUGACCCUGUUGAUUCAGCUACAACUAUUUUGCACAAUGUUUCUUUGAUCAACAAACAUUGCUGGAAUUGACCAUAGGGAAGGCAGCUCCCUUUAGCCACGUAUUAUUUUAUAAAAUGGGGAACUGUGGCCCUUGACCACAUGCCUCUUACAUCAAUCAGUACAAAGGCAGGAUAAUGGUGAGGAAACCCUAAGUAUCAGCAUUCAUUGUGAAAGACCGGGGAUGAUUGAUAAGGUGUCUGGUAAGCAUCAUGAAAAGGCCUAGAUUUCAUGCACCCAUGUGAUGCCUAGUUACUAACUUGAUUGGAUAUGUAUGUAAUCAAUUAAUACCAUGAUUGGUAUGUAAGCAGCCAGGAUGGACUGGAGUAAAUGUACAAGAAGUGUAUGAUUUCCUUUUGUUCGCUGGGGAGGUUGCUUAGGAUAUCCAACGACUUGCUCCACAAUACGCUUUUAAUGAUGGGAACAGAUCUAGGUGUUGUGUGAUUCUCUUAUCAUUUGACCUCCCCUUUCACUUGGCUCAGUCGAUAGGCUACUGGGGGAAGUGAACAGCCCCCAGACACCAGGACAUCCCAAUGUGAGAGUACACCUGCACUUCUGCAUUUAAUUCUAGACUGAACCAGGUCAGCCCCUGUACCCAAAUCUAGAAGGUUCAACCAACCUUCGUAAGUUUGUUUGUCAGCAGGGUGAUUGUAGACUACAAGGUGCAUCAGACUGGAAAGCGGACCUCUGAGAAUAGACCCAAAUAACAGCUAUUCCAACCCAAAGGCAAAUGGCAGAGCCCCAGUGGGAAGUGGAGGGAUCCCUCGUGUGCCAUUUGCCAACCUUGACUAGAAACUUAUUGAUAAGUUGAAUUGUGUUGGAAAACUGAAGGAGUGGUAGAAAAAGAAUAAAGGUGAUAAAAUCUGAGUCUGGUUCUCUGAGCCCGUGGAAUUAAGGAAAUGAGUGAAUGUUUUUUUCAAAACUAUACUUUAUUAAUAAAAAUUUAUAC